AUGUCUGAAAGUGAAAAUAACCGCGACAGUAAAUUACAAAACCACCCUUGCUCACUUCGUGACCCAACAAAAUGUUUGGUGAAUUCUUGGCAAAAUCCCGGGGGUAUUAAAGGCGUUUAUUAUCUUCAAAGAUUAAAAAACAACAAUCGCGUGCCGCCAACUCCCCGGGCUGCCAGAUCAGCCACUCGAAGGGUUCCAUCAUGGAAGAAAACCGAGGAAAAUAACACUAAUAACAACAACAAGCAAAUGUGUGCAUUCGAUCUACUGGCGACAGUAGCCGGAAAGUUACUGCAGGAGGGCGGCGGUAGCCGUGGUGGUGGUGGAGAGGAAGCUGAAACCGUUAAGACAGAAAAACAAAUAGAAGAUGAGUACCCUUCGAAUGUUAAUAAUAAUAAUAAUAAUAUUUGUGAUCAAGGAAGCUGCAACAGCAGAAGCUUCUUUGUGUCUGAAAUAAUCUCACAAGCUCCUAUAAUGGACCCACAACCCGAAUCCUAUUCCGGACCUUCUUCAGAUAAUGUAAAUUUAGUUGUUAGAGAUGAUGACGAAAACUCUUCCCGGGUGACUCGGGUUCCUAAUAAAUCCUUUAAGCCACCACCGCGUAUUGGGGAUCGAAGAAUUAGGCGAUUGUUGGCAUCAAAAUAUUGGAAAUCGGGUCCCGAACUGAACGAUGAAGUUCAUUGUGAUGUUGACGAGGAAAUGAAAGGUGGUUUCCGUAAUAGGAAAAGUUGCUAUAAACGACUACGAUCGUUGAAGGAUUAUCCGUUUAAAAAGAGACGACUUUAUGAAUUUGAAUACUUCUCAAACUCGGAUGAUGUAGUUAAUAGCGAGGAUCAAUCGAGUCCUCCUCGAAAAGACUCGAUUGAAAAUGGUUCGGGUUUUGGUGUCAAAUCCACAGGAGGUACGAAGACAUCGGGACUUGUAUCGAAGCAAAAUCCAGCUUUUCAGACACGGGAUUCCCAUGUGAAGCUCAAGAUCAAAUCUUUUCGUGUUCCCGAGCUUUUCUUUGAGUUACCAAAAACCGCAACCGUUGGUUACCUAAAGAGGACCGUUAUGGAGGCGAUGACUUCGAUACUUAGCGGUGAGCUACACGUGGGUGUGAUGCUUCAAGGGAAAAAGAUUCGAGAUGAUGACAAAACUUUGGUACAAACUGGCAUACACAAUAAGCUAGAUGCAUUAGGGUUUACAUUGGAGCCUAACCAUUUGCAAGUUCCAUCAUCUCUAAGCCCAGGAGGAGAUCAAUCUUUUGCACCAAAUCCCAUUACCCCUAAGCCGUUGAUAAGGUAUACACCCGGUCCAAAUGUGGCUAAUCAGAUGGUGAUUCAACCGGAGGAGAAUCCUCCGGUGACAAAUUUUGGAAACUUGAUUGAAAGUGACCAUGACUCGGCACCAUCACCUCCCAACAUGUCUUUUGAUAACAAAAGUGGUUCGGGUUCGGGUUCAGAUUCGCGGGCUUUGGUCAGUGUCCCGGCUAUGAACCCACGGGCACUAGCGGUGGUCCCCAUGAGGAAAUCUAAGCGGUCUGAGGUGGCACAACGGAGAAUCCGUCGACCGUUUUCGGUUUCUGAGGUGGAAGCGUUGGUUCAAGCCGUUGAAAAACUCGGAACCGGAAGAUGGCGUGACGUGAAGUUACGGGCCUUUGAUAAUGCAAAGCACCGCACGUAUGUUGAUUUGAAGGACAAGUGGAAGACGCUGGUGCACACGGCGAGAAUAUCGCCACAGCAAAGAAGAGGCGAGCCGGUGCCUCAGGAGCUUCUGGACAGGGUGUUGGCUGCGCACGCGUAUUGGUCACAUCACCAAGCCAAACAACAGUUCAAGCAAACACCACAAUCGGAAACUUGUCGACUUCUUUGAAUAAAAAUCACAUUUACAUCUUAAUUAUCAUACUUUAAAAAAAAAAGUAAAAGAUGCAGAUUUUUUUUUUUUUUUUUUUUUUUUUUCCGUUCGGCCUCCCUUGAUAUCAGUAACUAUCUCUUGUUAUUAAAUCUUUCAUGUAAAAAGGUAACAAAAAAUAGGGAGGAAGAAUGGUAAAUGUCGGGUGUAGUUUUUUUUUUGUUUUUUUUUUUGUUAAGAAGCUCUCAUGCAUGCGUGGAGAGGGUUGGCGCGACGCUUGUAAAUGGGUCGACCGAAUAAGAGCUUGGUUAGUUAGAUUCUUUAUGAAAAUGUCCUUUCUUGUAAAGGGCAUUUUAUGUUUAUUUUAGUUUUUUCUUGUGUAUUUUCCGGAAGUAAUAGUAGGUUUAUUUUGUUAUGUUGUUGAAUAAGAUGACAAAUUUAUGUUUUGAUGCAUAUGUGCAUGUUUUGCAUCUUAAGGAUUUUUUUUCUUCAAAUUAUGAGUAGGUGAAAAUUAUUGAUAUUCUUUCGUAUUUUGGU